CUCCUAUCAGCACAGCUCCUGUUAGAAAGCUUCGUAAACAUUGUGCGGAGCUGUCAAACCCUAAACCAUGGCGACCCACACUAGCUUAUUCUGCCGUUUCUUGGACGGACAUAGACGUGUGCUAUAUUUUAGAAAAGUGUCGGUAAGAGGUGCAAAAAUGGACACGCAACUGCAUACCAGCGUUGCGCCAAAGCAGAAUGAACUUGAAUCUGUUGAUACGACUUCAGCUGCUCACAACUACAACUUUUCUGUCAAAACAGCAUUGAAACAGAAGAGGUUUUCAGACAACAUCAAGCCUUUUUCAGCCUUCCUGACCGAUACGUUUGGCCGCAGACACUCAUAUCUGCGAAUAUCCUUGACGGAAAAGUGCAAUUUGCGCUGCCAGUAUUGCAUGCCAGAGGAUGGAGUGAAGCUGACACCAAAGGCCCAGCUGCUGUCCACUGCUGAGAUCCUGACCAUAGCUCGCCUCUUUGUGCACGAGGGGGUCAAUAAGAUUCGCCUCACAGGAGGAGAGCCCCUCAUCCGCCCUGAUGUGGUUGACAUCAUAGCUGAACUAAGGAAGCUGGAAGGACUCAAAACUAUUGCUGUCACAACCAAUGGUUUAAACCUCGCCAGGUCCCUGCCCCGGCUGAAGCAGGCUGGUUUAAGCCACAUCAAUAUCAGCCUGGACACGUUGGUACCAGCCAAAUUUGAGUUUAUUGUCAGGCGGAAAGGUUUUCAUAAAGUCAUGGAAAGCAUUGACAAGGCAAUUGAAAUAGGCUAUAACCCUGUGAAGGUCAAUUGUGUGAUAAUGCGAGGAUUUAAUGAUGAUGAGGUAUUGGAUUUUGUGGCACUCACAGAGAAGAAGCCUGUGGAAGUGCGAUUUAUUGAGUACAUGCCUUUUGAUGGAAACAAGUGGAAUUUUAAAAAGAUGGUGAGCUAUCAGGAGAUGUUGGACCAAAUUCGUCAGCACUGGCCAGACAUCGGAAUGCUUCAAACAGGGCCAACAGACACAUCUAAGACAUAUCAAGUUCCUGGUUUUAAAGGACAGGUGGGUUUUAUCACUUCCAUGUCUGAGCAUUUCUGUGGUACCUGCAACCGCUUAAGAAUCACUGCAGAUGGCAACCUCAAGGUGUGUUUGUUCGGCAACACAGAGGUGUCCUUGCGUGACGUCAUACGCUCUGGUGCAUCAGAUGAAGAGUUACUACAGAUAAUUGGAGCAGCUGUUGGCAGAAAGAAGAAGCAGCAUGCAGGGAUGUUCAACAUCUCCCAAAUGAAAAACAGGCCCAUGAUCUUCAUUGGCAAUUUGUCACUCCCUCCAACCACACAUCCUAGAAGUGUUGGCCUCCAACAUAUCUUUAACUCAGAGGAUGUUUCGUGCCUUACUGAUUUGAAAGCUUUAACAAAGCUCUCCUGUGUCUUUUCCCCCAAUAUAAAUGGGCACCUUAGGUCACAUAUCAGCAGGAACCCACUUGAACUGGCCCCCAUUUCAUGCAGACUUCCACCUAAUGCCAAACUACACCAGAGUAUUCGACUAUGCCAUCACAGCUCCGAUACAGACGAUCCUAAGCUUUCACAUACAGAUGCCCAGGGCCGUGCAUCCAUGGUGGACGUUAGCGCAAAAGCCCCCUCAUGCAGAACAGCCUCGGCUCAAGCCACUGUCCUACUAGGUCCCACUGCGUUUUCACUCUUACAGGAAAACCAUUUGGUUAAAGGUGAUGCGUUAGCUGUUUCACAAAUAGCAGGAAUUGUAGCUUCAAAACAGACUUCAAACUUGAUACCACUGUGCCACCCACUUUCCCUUGAUCAUGUUACUGUCACGUUUGAACUGGAUGAAAAGCAGAAUGCAGCUAUUGUCAACUCAACAUGCCGCACCACAGGCCGAACAGGAGUGGAGAUGGAGGCUCUGACUGCUGUGUCGGUGGCCGCGCUCACCCUCUAUGACAUGUGCAAAGCUGUGACCCAUAACAUCAUAAUCACGGACAUCAAAUUAAUCAGUAAAACCGGUGGCAAAAGAAACUUCCACCUCUUUGAGAAUACAAAUAAGGAUGCUUGAAUAUAAACCUGUGAAGUACAUCAUGUUUAACUAUUAUGGAAGUGGGUGACUAAUAUAUAUACAUAAUUUGCAUUAUAUGCAUAAUACAAAUGGCUUUUAAGAAAUAAAGGGAACCAAAAAUUGCUCCGGAAUCUCUAAACUAAAAGAGUGCAAAGUGAUACUUCUAUCAACAUUUCUGUGAUGCAUAUUAAGAUACUGCAAAAGUCAAGAAUCUCCUAAAUAUUGAAGCUAAACAUUUUUGUCAAUACCACCCACGUGUGAUAACCUGCCUAACUUAAGCCCUAUAUAGAAAAAAGCAAUGCU